AUGGAUAAUCAACAGGGUUCGACAGGGUCAUUACCAGCUAUUGAGAUUAAUCAAGCUAAAUUAUCACAUGAAGCUGCUACCGAUACAUUAUCACAAGGUUCAAACGUAUAUGAACAACAAAAUCAUAGCGCAUCGGAAUACGGUCAACAUUUUAAUCAAAUUUAUGCUCCAAGGAGGACUGAUGUGAAGCUCCUUGGACUAUCUUGUGGUACCGAAGAUGGAAAUAGCGAGAUACUGCUCAAAGAGGCCUUAAUGGGGGCGGAGGAGCUGGGAGUCACAGUCGAACUUCUGCGGGUGGACGACCUCAGUAUACCCUCCAGUUCGAUUCCAGUAUCCCAACGUGCACUAACCGACGAUGGUUCAUGGUUUUUGGAGAAGCGACGUCGCCUUCAAAAUCGAGCAGAAGAAGAUGAAAGAGGCUGGAGAUCCACGGUUUGCGAACAUCAUCAUCGAUGA